GCGGGAGCCUAUGCAUGGUCGGGCGGCAGCGCCAAGAUUGAGUCCUGGGGGUGCCUCUGAGCGCUGACAUGGCUGCGGGUGUCAUCCAGCCCCUGGCCGAGCUGCGCCUGCCCUCACCCUUCCCACACGGCCUCCUGCUGCCCACGCACCCCGAGCCUGACUUCCCUGACCUCUCCGAGGAAGAGGAGGAAGAAGAAGAGGAGGAAGAGGAGGAGGACGUGGAAGCAGUGGAGGAGAGCGUGAAGCCAGAGCUGGCCAGUGUCUCCAGCACUGCCGAGACCACCCUGCGUCUCCUCAAGUUUUCGGAGCUCAUCAGCUGCGACAUCCAGCGCUACUUCGGGCGGCGGGGCCGGGAGGAGAUCGCCAGCAGCCGCCCCACGCCCGAGGACUGCGGCUCACCCCACAGUGCUGAGGCUGUGCCCGAGGUCGUGGCCCCACGGGACAGCCUGGGGGCCACGCACAGGCUGGGGCCGCUGGCCGAGCUCUUUGAGUACGGCGUGCACCGGUGCCUGCCUGCCCGGGUGGCCGGCAGCAGGACACAGCGGCUGGAGAGGAAGUAUGGCCACAUCACCCCCAUGCACCGCCGGAAACUACCGCCCUCCUUCUGGAAAGAGCCAGGCCCAGGCCCCGCCAGCCUCCUCCACACCGGCACCCCUGACUUCAGCGACCUCCUGGCCAACUGGACAGUGGAGCCAGGGCCAGAGCUGCCAGGCACUGGGAGGGAGCUGCUGGGUCGCCCGGGGCUGGAGGCAGAGCCCUUUGCUGGGCUGUGA